AAAAAAAAAAAAAAGUGUUGUGGUCUUGUCCCAGAGCAUUCCUGUCACUCAAGGUCAGAGAGGUGGGGCUUGAGGCUAUCCAGUCCGGGAUGCUCCAAAGUGAACUGACCAAUGAGACGCACAGCCAGAAAGAAGGAGGCGGCUCCAGCGAUCGGAGCAGUUUUUGUCUCUUCUGCUGGGCCCUGAGCUGGUGUCCGCUUUUCAGCUGUUGCUACUCCGGGAGUAUCUAGGUGUCUCUGCAGCAGCUCUGUCAGCCUGUGACCUGCAGGUACUGGAAGAUCUGUAGGGAGGACGCCGGGACAUCCGGAAGCUGGGAAAUGGUGAGUACAGAAGACUGGUGUCCUGGGAGGGGGAGGGGCGUGGUUGGAACCGGAAGUGACUGUGGCUGACCUGGCAAUUUCACUUCAGUUUUACAGUCUUCAGAUUGAACUUUGCCACUGGCACCCUUGGCCCUCAGGACCCUGUGGGCAAGAGGUGGAGUGGGGCAGGCAGCGGGGACUGUACCUCCGGGCCCUUCCUGGAGCUGUUACUUGGACCAUGGCCCCGGGCUCUCUUUGAGCUUUGUCCCUCCCACGUGGUGACAAUGGAAAGGUCCUGAGGAAGAAUCCCAGCUGGGUGUGUGGGGCUUGUUCAUGGGAGGGGCUGUAGUCUGUGGGGCCCCCAGUUUCUCCAUUCUCCUGUUAAACGUAAACUUAGGGCCCGGUGCGGUGGCUUCCUCUGUUGGGGAACUCAAAGUCUCUGGGUUGCCUGUCGUUGUUGUUAAACGCAGAGACAGGGAAUUGAUUCGUAAAAAAGAUUGUUGGAUGUCCCGACCCGCGGGACAGCAACGGGGGACGCAGGAACCACCUAAGGGAGAAAAACAAACAAGGGGCGCGAGAAAGGCAGACAAAACAGUUUUCUGAUCAAGUCUCAAACUUUAUUGAAAAACUUGUGCCUUAUAAGCAUUAUGGGGAAGGAGGGUGUGUCUUGUUGGGAGGUUCAGAGGAGUUGUCAACUGGGGAUUGGCUAAAAUAAGCUAGAUGGGGCAUAAGGUGAUUGGUUGGCUAGUUGCCCGGUAAAGGGUAAAGGUGAAACUUUUUUACUUAAAAAGGAAGUAAGGCUGAGCUGUGCCUUCUAUGGCUUCCGACAGUUGGAAGAGCUAGUAAUUCCGGAGAACAGGAAUGUUCACAUUCAAGGACGUGUCUAUAGAGUUCUCUAUGGAUGAGUGGGCCUGCCUGGACCCUACUCAGCACACUUUGUAUCGGGACGUCAUGUUGGAAAACUACAGACACCUGGUCUUCCUAGGUCUUGCUGUCUCUAAGCCAGACCUCAUCACCUGUCUGGAGCAAAGCAAAGAACCCUGGAUGGUGAAGACUCACCAGACAGUAGUCAAGCACCCAGAUGUAUCUAAUCAUUCCACCCAAGACCAUUUCCAAGAGCUGGGCACAAAUAUAUUAUACCCAGAGAUAACACUGAGAAGAUAUCAAAGCUGUGGCCUGGAGAAUUUAAACUUAACAAAAGACUGGGAAAGUGUUUAUGAAUGUACUCAGCAGAAAGUAUGUUACAGUGGAUGUGACCAAUGUUUAACAGCUAGCUAUGGCAAAGUCUGCCAAUGUAGUAAAUAUACGAGAGUCUUUAGACAUUUGUCAAAUCUAAAUAGACAUAAGAUGAUAUAUACCACAGAGAAAACUUUUCAGUAUAAAAAGUAUGGGAAAGCCUAUAACCACUGCUCACACAUUACUAAAUGUAAGAUAAUGCAUACUGGAGAAAAACAGUACAAAUGUAAAGAAGGUGGCAAAGUCUUUAAAUUUUGCUCAAGCCUAUCUAACCAUAAGAAACUCCACCCUGGGGAGAAACUGUAUAAGUUUAAAAAUUAUGGGGAAUGUCUUAGGCACAGAUCAAAAUAUUAUAACCAUAAGAAUAUUAAUACUGGAAGAAAAGCCUACAACUAUAAAGAAUGUGAUGAACUUACCAAUCAGUACUCACAUCUUUCUGGACAUGAAAGAAUUUAUUCUGGAGAGAAACCCUACAAAUGUCAAGAAUGUGGUAAAGCCUUUAACCGGCACUCAAACCUUUCUGUACAUCAAAGAAUUCAUUCUGGAGAAAAGUCCUACAAAUGUGAAGAAUGUGGCAAAGCCUUUAAGCAGUACCCAAGUCUUUCUCAACAUAAAAGAAUUCAUUGUGGAGAGAAACCCUACAAAUGUCAAGAAUGUGGCAAAGCCUUUAAGUGGUACUCAAUCCUUUCUGUACAUCAAAGAAUUCAUUCUGGAGAGAAACCCUACAAAUGUCAAGAAUGUGGCAAAGCCUUUAACCGGUACUCAAACCUUUCUGUACAUCAAAGAAGUCACUCGGGAGAAAAACCUUACAAAUGUGAAGAAUGUGGCAAAGCCUUUAAGCAGUACCCAAAUCUUUCUAAACAUAAAAGAAUUCAUUCUCGAGAGAAAUCCUACAAAUGUCAAGAAUGUGGCAAAGCCUUUAACCGGCACUCAAACCUUUCUGUACAUCAAAGAAGUCACUCGGGAGAAAAACCUUACAAAUGUGAAGAAUGUGGCAAAGCCUUUAACCGGCACUCAAACCUUUCUGUACAUCAAAGAAUUCACUCGGGAGAAAAAUCCUACAAAUGUGAAGAAUGUGGCAAAGCUUUUAAGCAGUACUCAAGUCUUUGUAGACAUAAAGGAAUUCAUUCUGGAGAGAAACCCUACAAAUGUCAAGAAUGUGGCAAAGCCUUUAACCAGCACUCAAACCUUUCUGUACAUCAAAGAAGUCACUCGGGAGAAAAACCUUACAAAUGUGAAGAAUGUGGCAAAGCCUUUAAGCAGUACCCAAGUCUUUCUAGACAUAAAAGAAUUCAUUCUGGAGAGAAACCCUACAAAUGUCAAGAAUGUGGCAAAGCCUUUAAUUAUAAUUCAAACCUUACUAAACAUCAAAUAAUUCAUUCUGGAGAGAAACCCUACAAAUGUCAAGAAUGUGGCAAAGCCUUUAAUAAUAAUUCAACCCUUACUACACAUCAAAGAAUUCAUUCUGGGGAGAAACCCUACAAAUGUCAAGAAUGUGGCAAAGCCUUUAAUGAUCAUUCAACCCUUACUAAACAUCAAAGAAUUCAUUCUGGGGAGAAACCCUACAAAUGUCAAGAAUGUGGCAAAGCCUUUAAUGAUAAUUCAAACCUUACUAAACAUCAAAGUAUUCAUUCUGGGGAGAAACCCUACAAAUGUGAAGAAUGUGGCAAAGCCUUUACUCUGCGUUCAUCCCUUUCUGUACAUAGAAGAAUUCAUUCUGGAGAGAAACCCUACAAAUGUGAAGAAUGUGGAAAAGCCUUUAUCUGUUACUCAAAACUUUCUGUACAUAGAAGAAUUCAUUCUGGAGAGAAACCCUACAAAUGUGAAGAAUGUGGAAAGGCCUUUAUCUGUUACUCAAAACUUUCUGUACAUAGAAGAAUUCAUUCUGGAGAGAAACCCUACAAAUGUGAAGAAUGUGGCAAAGCCUUUAAACAGCACUCAGAAAUUUCUGCACAUCGAAGAAUUCAUUCGGGAGAAAAACCCUACAAAUGUGAAGAAUGUGGCAAAGCCUUUAAGCAGUACACAGGUCUUUCUACACAUAAAAGAAUUCAUUCUGGAGAGAAACCCUACAAAUGUGAAGAAUGUGGCAAAGCCUUUAACGGGCACUCAUACCUUUCUGUGCACCAAAGAAUUCAUUCUGGAGAGAAACCUUACAAAUGUGAAGAAUGUGGCAAAGCCUUUAAGCAGUACCAAAGUCUUUCUCAACAUAAAAGAAUUCAUUCUGGAGAGAAACCCUACAAAUGUGAAGAAUGUGGCAAAGCCUUUAUCUGUUACUCAAAACUUUCUGUACAUAGAAGAAUUCAUUCUGGAGAGAAACCCUACAAAUGUGAAGAAUGUGGCAAAGCCUUUAACCAGCACUCACACCUUUCUGUGCACCAAAGAAUUCAUUCUGGAGAGAAACCUUACAAAUGUGAAGAAUGUGGCAAAGCCUUUAAGCAGUACCAAAGUCUUUCUCGACAUAAAAGAAUUCAUUCUGGAGAGAAACCCUACAAAUGUGAAGAAUGUGGCAAAGCCUUUACUCUGCGUUCAUCCCUUUCUGUACAUAGAAGAAUUCAUUCUGGAGAGAAACCUUACAAAUGUGAAGAAUGUGGCAAAGCCUUUAAGCAGUACCCAAGUCUUUCUCAACAUAAAAGAAUUCAUUCUGGAGAGAAACCCUACAAAUGUGAAGAAUGUGGCAAAGCCUUUACUCUGCGUUCAUCCCUUUCUGUACAUAGAAGAAUUCAUUCUGGAGAGAAACCCUACAAAUGUGAAGAAUGUGGAAAAGCCUUUAACUGGUACUCAACACUUUCUAUACAUAGAAGAAUUCAUUCUGGAGAGAAACCCUACAAAUGUCAAAAAUGUGGCAAAGCCUUUAACCAGAACUCACACCUUUCUGUGCACCAAAGAAUUCAUUCUGGAGAGAAACCCUACAAAGUCAAGAAUGUGGUAAAACCUUUAAUUAGUGUGUAACCUUUCUAAAAUACAAGAAUUCAUUCAAGGGAGAAACCUUAUAAAUAUGAACACUGUGGCAAACCCUUUAUUCACAUUCAAACCUCACUGUACAUAAAAUAAAUCAUACUUGACAGAAACCCUACAAAUAUGAAGAAUGUGGAAGUAUCCUUACCUGGUGUUCAUGGCUUGCUAAGGAUAAAAGAAUUCACAAUGAAGAGAAAUUCUACAAAUGUGAACAGUGUGGUAAUGCCUUUUACUGGAGCUCAAACCUUACAACACAUAAGAAAAUUCAGAUUGGAAAGAAAUUUUACAAAUGUGAAUGAUGUGGCAAAAAUUUUCAGUGGUCUUCAGCCCUUAGUAAAACAUAAGAGAAAUCAUAGCAGAGAAAAACGGUAACAUUAUGAAGAUGUUAUGCCAGUAGUGACAGUUUUUUUACAUAAUAGAAUUCUUUUUGUUUUUUGUGACAGUGGCUUACUAUGUCACCGUCAGUAGAGUGUUGUGACAUCACAGCUCACAGCAACCUCCAGCUCUUGGGCUUAGGCAACUCUCCUGCCUCAGCUUCCCAAGUAGCUGGGACCACAGGCACUGGCCACAAUGCCUGGCUAUUUUUUGUCACAGUUUGGCCAGGGCCGGGUUCAAACCCGCCACCUUCAGUAUAUGGGGCUGGCACCCUACCCACUGAGCCACAAGCACUACCCCACAAAAAAAUUAUUGAAUAAAAACUGUACAAAUGUGAAGAACUUAACAAGUGUUUAACUUGUCCUCAAACCAUUCUAUAUAUGAAAACUUUAUAUAACAGAGAAAAAUCCCUACAAAUUUGAAGUGUCAAAUCCUAUAAUCUCACACAUUUCAGUACCUAACAGAAUUCCUAGCAAAAUUCUAUAUAUGUGAAGAGUGAGAAAAUGUUUUUAAAUAUUCCUCACACUUUUCUAAUCAUAAUUCAUAUGGAAGAAAUACUCUAGAAAUCUCAAUCAUGUCUCAAGGCCUUAAAAUUUUGUUUAUACUGUUCAAUAGGUCUAAGGAGAGACAAGGGGAAAUGAUAAAUGUUACUGGGAAUUUUUUUGUCCUUAACAAGAGAAACACAUUAACUAGGGGGGCCUUCCAUGGAAAAAACGUUGGCAUUUGAAGAAAGCUUCCAAAACCUGAUGUUUUCCCUACAAAAAAUGGGCCUCAGAGGUAGAGAGGCGACAAUGUGGAGAUAUGAACAAGGCCACAAAAAGGGAUCUUUGAAGCAGGUAUACAAUUAAGGUGAUGGCAGCUGCAAGUGACCUAUUUUCUAUAGUAUAAUAAAAUUCACACCACUUCUAUCACACUUUACAAAUAAAACGACAACAUGUGGAUAUGGAUUAUAGGGAGCGAAAUGGGAGGACUCUCCAUUCUGGAAGAUUUUUCCCUUUCCAGGAAAAAUCAUGAAUAUUUUACCCCCAUACCACUUAACAUAGAAUUGGAAAAUCUCUAUAAAGGGGAAAAAUCUUACUAAACCCAAGGUCUUCUCUACAUGAAAAUGUAGUGUCUUCCUUCUCUAGAGUGUCCUUUAAUAAACUGACCUUUUGUUUAUU